AUGGCCAAUAGAGUCAUGGGGUGGCAGUCUCGGAUCGAAGAGUUCCGACACAUCUACCACGACUGCAUCUCCAUCGGUUGCAGCAUGGCAACAUCCCAGGACGAGGUGACCGUUGAUCUUGCCUUGGAAGCCAGGUGCGACCUGGGGGAAUCCCCCGUCUGGGAUGGCAAGACCAACACCCUGUACUUCGUGGACGAGGUGACCGUUGAUCUUGCCUUGGAAGCCAGGUGCGACCUGGGGGAGUCCCCCGUCUGGGAUGGCAAGACCAACAACCUGUACUUCGUGGACAUAAAUAGCAGAACCAUCCAUGGCUUCCAGCCGGAGACUGGCGAACACUUCACCAUCAAAGCAGAUGAGCCGACCGGGACGAUCGUGCCCACCAACGACCCCACAAAGAUCCUGGUGGCAACACAGAGGGACAUUCUGGUGGUCGACGUGCCUGGCCGCAAGGUGACGAAGCAGGCGAUCGCCACCACACCCAAAGAGCACGGCACAGAGGGCUUCAGGUUCAACGACGGAAAGGUGUCGCCCUCCGGGACCCUCCUGAUCGGCCGCAUGAGCAACAAGUGGAGGAAAGGAGCGCGUGGCAGGCAGUACCGACUCGACCCCGGCUCUAGCACGCUGGUGGAGGUGAUGAGCCCCGAGGAGGUGCAUCUACCCAACGGCAUCGCCUGGGACGGCGCCAAGGGCGUGGUGUACUUCAUCGACUCGUCCACGGAGGAGGUGCGCGCCUACGCCGCGGACGAGCAGGGCAUCAUGCGCCGCGGCGAAGACGGCGCGCUGAGCUGGCGCACGGUCACGCACCGGCCCAGCGGGCUCGCCACGGUGCCCGACGGCAUGACCAUCGACACCGACGGCAACCUCUGGGUGGCGCACGGCGAGAGCGGGGAGGUCACCUGCUACCACCCCGAGUCGGGUGCCGUGCUGCACAAAGUGCCGCUGCCGGUGCAGCGCCCCACCGCCUGCACCUUUGGCGGGCGGGACCUGGGCGACCUGUACGUCACCACCCGCGUGGAGACGGGGGAGGGCGCGCAUAAGCACCAUGGCGGCCUGUACAGGAUCAGGAUCCCCGGGGUCCAAGGGGGUGGCGCCCGCGGCUCGUACGGCCAGGCAGUGGCCGUGUCAACUGCAAGUCUGCGGCCUCGUCAGACAAGCCUGCUGCCCAGGAUGACUGGAUGA